UCUCCUCCUCCUCCUCUUCCUCCCUUACCGUUACAUAUAAAAAUAGAGAAGAAGAAGAGAAUGAGGAAACGCUUCUUCAAAUCCUUCUCUUCUCCUCCCUCCCUUCUUUAUCCCUUCGGUGGAUAGAGACGGGGGAGAGAGAGAAAUCCCCGUUCUUCCUUUCUUUUCCUUUUUUUUUUUUAAUUUAAUCUUUAACAAUUAAAAUUAUAGAGGGAAAAAGAAAUUACAAGAGACAGAGAUGGAUCCACGAAUCAUCUUGACGUCGUUAGUUCUCGCCGUUUUCGUGGCAACGAUGACGGCGACGGCCGGCUUCGACGUGCCGAUGCUGGCGUUCGAGGAGGGCUACUCGCCGCUGUUUGGCGAAGGCAAUCUCGUCCGCUCCGUUGACGGCCGUAACGUCCGUCUCAUCCUCGACCGCAACUCUGGGGCGGGAUUUAUAUCGACGGAGAUGUACCACCAUGGGCUCUUCAGCGCGUCGAUCAAACUGCCGUCCGAUUACACGGCCGGCAUCGUCGUCGCCUUCUACACAUCAAAUGGCGAUGUUUUUGAGAAGAACCAUGAUGAACUAGACUUUGAAUUCUUGGGCAACAUCUUGGGCAAGGAGUGGAGGGUGCAGACCAAUGUCUACGGCAAUGGUAGUGUCAGCCGUGGCCGUGAGGAGCGCUACAAUCUUCCCUUCGAUCCAACCAAGGAGUUCCACCGCUACUCCAUCAUCUGGACUGCUGAAAAUAUCAUCUUCUACAUCGACGACACCCCGAUCCGGGAGGUCCGCCGGACUGAGGCCAUGGGAGGUGACUAUCCAUCAAAGCCUAUGUCCCUCUAUGCCACCAUCUGGGAUGCAUCCAGUUGGGCCACCUCCGGUGGCCGCUACAAGGUCGACUACAACUACGCUCCCUUCGUCUCCGAGUUCACCGACCUUGCCCUCCUUGGCUGCCGCCUCGACCCCCUCCAGCAGGUUCCUUCCGCCGCCAAGAACUGCAGUGUGGAGGAUGCCGAGCUCAUGGCCACCAGUCUGGCCGUCAUGACUCCUGAAAGACGACAGGCGAUGCUCGACUUCCGCCGGCGUUACAUGACCUACUCCUUCUGCUAUGACACACAGCGAUACCCGGUCACAUUCCCCGACUGUGAUUUGGUGGAGUCGGAGAAGAGUAGGUUCCGGGAUACUGGCCACUUGAGGCCUGGUGGCAGCAAUCGUGCAACACCUGCGAGACGAGCGAAGCCUGGGAAGUCUCGCCGAAUUAGAGGUUCGGGGACUUACCCUAAGAAUAAGGCAGAUAUGUGAGGAUGACACUGGUUGAUGGUUAUGGAUGAUGGCGGUGGGGGUUGGCUAGCUAGCUCUUAAAGUUGACGCCUGCCUCUUUCUAGUUUUACCUUAUUCUUUUCUCAUGUAAUAUAACACUGUAAGUGAAAAGUUAUAUCGGCAGAAGAUUUGUGCCAAGAUCCUGAAUAGAUUAAAUUAAUUGCCCUUUUACCUCCUUCAAGUAAGAGGCCUAUCAAGCAUGUAUGAACUUGGAAAAUCGUGGAUGGGAGAAUUGAGCUCUGUGUUUAGGACUUUUAUAAAGGCAUUUGAUGCAACGACACUUAACU